AUGGCGCUUGUGGAGGUGGUGGUAGUGACAACAUGGUGGUGGAGGUGGCAGCAUGGUGGUGGUGGUGGUGUUGGUUGUGGAGGUGAUGGUGGAUGUGGAGGUUUUGAAAAAGGUGGUGGUUGUGGUGGUGGUGGUGGUGGAGGUGAAGGUGGAGUUGGUGGUGGUGGUGGUGGAGGAGGUGGUGGUGGUGGUGGUGGCGGUGGCGAUGGCGGUGGUUGUGGAGGUAGUGAAUGUGGUGGUGUAAGUGGUGGAGUUGGAUGUGGAAGUGGAGGUGGUGUUAUUUUUUAA